UCACAGGAUUAUAUUUUCAUUAAAACAGACUUAAUGUUUGAUGUCAAUAGCUCAACAGAAUACCAGAAAGAGUCUGUGAAACGAAGGAAAGAAGAUAUUGCAGUAUUGUAUAAUGAUUUGUCACCAUCUUCGUCACAAGAUACUCAAAAUUUACAAGAAUGGUUUGACAAAAAAAGUAAAAGUUUAGGAGAAGCAGAAAAAGAUCAUAACAAGAAGGAUAAUAUUUCAAUGAGAAAUAUUUUGGACGGCGAUACAAAUAAAAAAAACCAAAUUGAAACGAAGGAAUUAGAAGCAGUUAGUAAAUCAACUGCUGAAAAUGAUACAAAAUCAAUAGACAACGUUGAACAAAAUAUAUCAUUAGAAUCCAUACAAAAAGCAAGAGAUAAUGCUUACAAUAAUGAACAUUUGCUUAUAGAAGAAGACCAAAUGAUGACAGCGAAAAAUGCGUGUGACACUACAGAAUCAAAAACUUCAGCAGAUCUUAUGUCGAGAAAUUUAGAUGCUAAUAGACAAGAGAAGUCUUUAGAGAAUAAAGAUGACAAGAAUCCAUCUCCAUCUAUGUUAGAUAGUAGUAAACGGAGCAGUCGUUAUAAUGUUGCUGCAAAGCCUGCUACUUCGCCAAAAUUUGAAGAAAUUGUUUAUAAUCAAACCAGACAAUCAAACACAAAUAAAAUUUUGCGAAGCGCUUUAAAGACGAAAUUAAUCGAAGACAAGUGUGAAAUAAUUAAUAAACAAAAGGCAUCGGAAAAUGUAGAAAAUAAAUAUGCCAAAGAAGAAAAAAGAGGUGUUAAACAAAAAUCAAUUUCAGAUAGUGAAAACGAAACAACUGAUACUCGUCAACGAAGGGAAGUUCUUUUAACGAACACAGCUAGUGAUAGCGAUAGGUAUAAAUCUGUAGAAAAUGAUAAUGCAGUAACGGGUGUAAUAGCAACUGAUGAAGCGAAACAUAGAGGCAGACCUAGGAGAUCGGAUAAAGUCGAAGUUAAAAAAGAUGAAGAUACAAGGAAGAUCCUACAAAAUGAGAAGGGUGGAUUAGAAGAACAAAGAAAACUCGAAGAAGAUACAAAAGAAGAAACUACAGAGACAGAAGUCAAUUCAAAAGGUAGAAGCCGCACUCAAAAUGAUAUGGAAGAUGUAGUAGAAGAUUCACAAGAAUUAUCUAACAAAAGUAAGUUAUCAGAAAUAAGGAUUGCACUUAACAAAAUUGAAUAUACAAAAACUAUUUUACGGAAUAAAAAGAAUUCAUUAGAAAGAGAAAGAGGAGUAAGGGAAAAGAAGAAAAUGUACAGACAGAAAUUAUUUCAAAAAAUAUAUCAGAUGAUAAAUGUGAUUUGCUUUAGAAAAAAAAAAAAAUAUUAUCCACAAACUACAUUAGGAAUUUAUCUAUUUUAGUGAGGAGAAAGAGAAAGGAUAGAGGAGUUGAUCAAUAGACUGUGGCUUUUGAAGCGUUUAUGAAAAACUUACAAUUUUAAUAAAAUAUUCAAUGUAAAGUCUUUGUUAUAAUAUUCAAAUAAAUAGAUGAAAAAAAACUGAAUUUGCAUAAUUACUCAUGGCUUAUUGAUCAAUCAUGCGACUCGUUCAGAGGUAACUCGAGUUGUAAAGGCGACAAUUUAUUAAAAAUGGUAUAUCUGACGUACGAUGCAUUUGCUCAUGUUAAACUAUUUAAAUAAGUAUAAAAAUCACGCGAAAAAAAAUCUACUGAAAAUAAUGUUGAACUAGUUAAUAAUAAUAAAUAAUAUAGUGAAACACAAACCUUAAAUCAAGAUUUUAAGUUAAACAAAAAAAAAAGAAAAAAAAGAAGAAAGAAGUUGAUAAAAUGACAGCAACAUGUAGCAGCAGGCGAGAGAAAAUAAGCCAAAUUUCUAAAAGAAGAAACGAUGCUCAAGAACUCGAAAUUUCUCGAGUGGAUAUGCUAAACAACGAAUUUAAUGAACAGUUGAAAGAACGUGAAACAGCAAUAGAAGACUUACA